AAGAUACUGAGCUAAGUUGGCAACCAUUUUGAAAGCUCUGGCUUCCGUAUUGGCGGCAAGAAAAAGCAUUGCAGGCGAGCUGCAUUGAUAAGACAAGCAGUGCAAAGCUAUCUAAGCCACUCAAUCAACGCAUCAUUGGUACCAGGAAACCAAAGUAUGCAAUGCAUAUCUUGCGGAUGUGCUAUCGAAGACUCACGCCGACAGUAGAUGGUUCAAGCGAAGACGGACACUUCAAAAGCCUCAGAGUUCUUUGUAGAGCUCCUGCCCAUGUGACAAGCCUCCAAGAGACUGCUUGCAGAACUGCCAGUAGUGCAUGGGUGGCACCAUCUUGUCCUCCGCCAACCUUACUCUUGGAAGCUUAGGAGACUGCACUUUUUGGCCAGAAAAAGACAUGAUCGAAUGAACUUCAGGACACCGACACUUGAUUGACGAGAUUGUUAAGCCAGAUCUCAGACAGUUCAGGCUUGAUCAUCAUCCUUGGGGCUUACUAGCAACUAACCUGUCCGCAACACUUCAAGCGUAGCCAGUGUUCACCCCGUUUGAUUUUAUACAGUCUUCGCAAGAUACGCCUUGUAAUGUAUUGAAGCUUGGCACUUCAUGGUUGACGAUAGCUUACGACAUGGUCUCGUUGCAUCCGAUAUCUUGACCAUCAAGGACAACCUAACCGUCAAUCAACUACGACAGAAUCUGUUAUAAAGAUAUGAUUGUGUUCAUUGGCUCCGUCAAUGGUGUCGCUGAGUAUAAACACAAAGGAUCAGUGGAAACCAACCUCUACGCUAUCUUAACGUGGCUUAGUGCUGAAAUGGUUCACGGAGUUAGAAAAAAAAAUGCCCCCUACGCAUUCUACCGCAUGAGGAAGAAUAGCCCUCCAAUAUCCACCGCAGCUAUUCCAACUGACAGCAUUUUCAUAUCUGUGAGUCGAAAUGACCAUAUUUUACAGCGAUGGACGCAUAAAGAGCUCAAUGUUGUGAAACUCUACACUGGUCGCGGUGUCGACGUGGGUCAUAUCGCCUGGAUCGCAGAAACAGCCCUCCACCUUGCCUGUAGACAUAAAGAGCUAGCAGGGACCAGGGAAAUCUUAGGCUAGUAGUACACUAAUACCGGCCAAUACCUAACAGACUAGUCAUGAGUGACAGAGGCAGUUAUGUCCUUGGACUAAAGCCCGUUGCUAGGCACAAUGACUCUCCUUCUCGUCGCCUACCGCCCCCAUGCGAGUGGUGCUGCUAUUACUGAUGUUGCUAGUGUUACUGCUGCUUAAUAAAUUACCACUGGAUGUCCAUACUCCUACUAAGAAGAACGAUGGAGAUAUCGGUAUUUUCUGCUGCUGCUACUGCUCUUCGUUCGUCUCCCAGUGCCGAACCUGAGCGAAUAUGAGUACAUGAGCAUCACCGCUCUAUAGGUACUUUGGCAGGAUUGUUUCUAGUGGAAUAUUCCUGUACUCCAAGGCACAAAAAGAUGGGGCAUAUCGAAAGAGAAUGCAGAAGAAGGCUUGAAAGCUUUCAGAGAGGCUUACUAUGUUGCGGAACAAACUUUACUGGGGGCUCGAGAUCCUGGGACAACUUUGAACGUGAUGUUGAGGCGACCUACGAAGGCCGUGCAUGGAAUCAGCGCCUAAGCGACCACCGGCAGAG